AUGAGCGCCGCGGUGGAACCCCCGCAGCGGCCGCCCGUGCCCUCUGGUGGCGCAGCGGCUGCUGCUACAGUUGCGGGCGGCGCAGCUGCUCCCGCUGAAGUCAGGUCAUCUGGGGCCGCCCCCCCUGACUUGAUUUUCCCUCCUGCGGAUAUGAGGGGCGUUAUUGAGAAGACGGCUCAGUUUGUAGCGAAGAACGGGGCAGAGUUUGAGUCACGUGUGCUGCGGGAACAAAGUGCAACGAAAUUUGGAUUUUUGUUGCCGAACAAUCCAUACCAUGCAUUCUAUAAGCUGAAAGUGAGGGAAUUCACCACGGGGGAGGCGGCUCCAACCCCGCAGGUCCCACAGGCGAUUCGCGACAUGCAGCAGAAGCAGCAGCAGCAGAAACAGAAACAACAGCAACUGUUGAUGUUGACGCAAAUAGGCGAGAGCGAAAAAGACGGGGUGAAGGAGAAGCUGGAACCGCCCCCGCCCAAUCAAUUUGUGCUGCAGCACCCGUGGGUGGCUCCUGUUGAUUUGGAUAUUAUUCGUUGUUGCGCGCAGUUCGUUGCGCGGAAUGGGCAGAAGUUCUUGGCAGGUUUGGCGCAGCGGGAACAGCAGAACCCUCAAUUUGCUUUUUUGAAGCCUUCGCAUCAUUUGUUCUCGUAUUUCGCUUCUCUCGUCGACGCGUACACCAAGUGCCUUCUGCCGCAAAAGGAAACUCUGGAGGCUUUGCGGGAAACUGCGGAAGACCGCCAGGCGCUACUGGCGCGGGUUCGGCGGCGCAUGCAGUACGAGCGGCAGCAGCUGAAGCAACGCCAGGAAAAAGAGAGCAAAACGCAGGAGGAGAGGCGGUUGAUGAUGUCGCUGGAUUGGGAGUCAUUCCACAUCGUUGAAACCAUUGAGUUUACAGAAGAAGAUGAACGCUUGCCUCUCGCGGCCCCAAUCGACUUCACCUCCGUGCCCAAAGAGCUGCCCAAAGCGCUGCUUACUGAAGACCAAGUGACAGACGCAGACGGAGCAGCAGCUCCAGGCGACCAGACAGAUUCUAUAGCGAAACUCAUCGAAGGCGCAGACGUAGAUGCAGAGGAUGAGGCCAUGGAAACAGAAGAUGAGGAAGAAGCAGCACAACAGCCCGACUCCGAUAAAUUGCCUCCAGAGGGACAACCUGGGACUGCUGCUGAGGCUGGUGUUGCGCGGCAGCAGCAGGACGUACGUGAUCACAACGUCCCCUGCCUGGCCGCCAUUACCCUGUAUUUCACUUUUCAGCUUCCAUGCAAAUGUGCCAUUUCCUCGCUUGGAUGCAUGAAGCCCGGUCGCGAGCAUGCACGCAUCUGA